AUGGGCUUUGAAAAUGUAUCAUUGGUGACAGAAUUUAUACUGUUGGGGUUACCUCUCUCCUAUCAACUACAAACACUUAUUUUCGUGAUUCUUUCUGUUUGUUAUGUAGUUACUUUAGUAGGGAAUGCAACAAUUAUUAUUGUCAGUCUGAGUAAUGCUCAGCUUCAUACUCCAAUGUACUUCUUUCUCAGCAAUUUAGCAUUACUGGAUAUCAGCUUUACCACGGCCAUUGUCCCCAAAGUGCUUUUGAAUUUAAUCAGUGGGAAUAAAACCAUCUCUUUUCAUGGAUGCCUUGUACAAUCGUAUGUGUAUUUUCUCUUGGGGACCACAGAGUUUCUGCUGCUGGCGAUCAUGUCUUUUGACCGAUACAUGGCUAUAUGCAAUCCCUUGCGUUAUGGGACAAUCAUGAGUUCGAAGCUUUGUAUGAAGCUGAUUGCUUGUUCCUGGAUUGGUGGAUUUAUGGACACAAUUGUCCAAACGGUCCUCACAUUUCGGUUACCAUUUUGUGGCCCAAAUGUUAUCAACCACUACUUUUGUGAUGUAGCACCUUUACUAAAGUUGGCAUGUGCUGAGACACAUCUAAUUGGGAUGCUGGACUUUAUACUUGCUUCUUUUUUAGUUUUGGGAUCUCUCUUCUUCUCAUUAGUAUCAUAUGGUUGCAUCAUAUCUGCUAUUACAAAAAUCUCAUCAACUGCUGGACGAACAAAAACAUUUUCUACAUGUGCCUCUCACCUCACUGUGGUUUUUAUUGUUUAUGGCAGUUGUAUCUUUAUGUGUGUUCGUCCUGCAAAGAGCUCCAAAAUAGAUUCCACCAAAAUUGUUGCGUUACUUAACAGCAUCCUGACCCCACUUCUUAAUCCCUUUAUCUAUAGUUUUAGGAACAAGGCUUUUAAAGAUGCUCUUAGCCACAAAAUGAAUUCAAAAAUGCUUUGGAAGAAUGAGAAAAAUGUUAGAUUGUGA